UCACUCGAUUUCAAUCUUUGUCCUUUUGAAUUUUAAUUUGUUUCAUCAUUUUUUUUCCAAAUCAUUUUUUUUUCAUUGAAUAAAAUCUUCAUUUCAUUUUAAUUCCAUAUAAUGAAUUUACGUAAUACUCCAUCACGUUCAUUAUUUCUUGAAAGACAGAAAGCCAAAUCGGCAGAUAUUUUGGAAAGAAAAAAACCUUCGAUUUGUUCAACAUCUACAGGCAAUGGAAAGAAAAAGGUUAUUCGAUUGACCAUGUCUGUGUCUAAAGCUUCAACUAAUCGUAAAAUCGGUGACACUACACCUAUUAAAAAAUCUAACAAAAAAAUUCCGAUUGAAAAUUUGGACAAACAGCUUGAUAUGAUUCAAUCCGAUGUAGAAAAAAUAAUAUCGGAUCAUGAAAAUACAUCGCCAGUAGCCAAUAAUAAAACUAUGACAACUCUUAAUCUGGAUGAAAAAUUUGUAUUAACGAAUCACAUCAAUGAAGAACCAACAUCCCUUUUGUCAAACUACGAUUUGCCAAGAGUGUGUAACAACGAAAAUAUGGUUAUUCAUCAUUCGAAUGAUCAAUGUUCAACUGGUUUUUCCAGUAAUCCCGAAAACAAUAAGGCAAGAUCUUUAUCCCAGUGUACAAAUUCGGCUGAUGAACGUCAUUUAAUUGUUCGACCUAACCUUCAACUUACCAAUCCGAAAAGAGUAUCAGUUUCAUUGCAAAAUGAUAAUCAUCAAAUAAUUUCAACAAAUAAACGAUUAUCGACUGGCAUCAAAACAACAAAAACCGUAGAAAAUUUUCAACAGAAAACAAUAAUUCAAUCACGACAAUCAUCUUCACAUCAGAUAAAUGAAUCAUCUCGAGAUUUAGUUAGUUUUGACAAAGAUUAUUCAACUAAUUUCAUUCAUGCAAUGCUAGAACAGCAACGUCUUUCGAAUCAUUUUGAAAAUAAAGAUUUUCAAUAUUAUUGUUUGGAACAAACAAUCAAAGCAAUUACCGAUAAGGAAAAAUCAUUCCAUGCUCUGGAAAUGCUUUACAGAGAAGUUAAUUUGGUUUUCGAAGGGAAUUUAUUACCUUUAAAUGAUAGAUUUCAUCCAUUAUUCCUAUUCGAUAAAGAUAUGGAACCAAUUUUCGAAUUCUAUAUUCUAAAUACAAGAUCUCCUUCUUCUCGAUUACCAUGUUCUGACAUGUCAACAACAAAAAAGGCAAAUCCGGCUAUGCCGGAUGAUCUUUCCAAUGUAGAAUUUGAAACCAGUGAAGAUAUUGAAGUGAUUGCAAGUUUUGAUUCGAUGAAUUUGAAUGAAGAUUUACUACGAGGCAUUUAUGCAUACGGUUUCGAAAAACCAUCGGCUAUUCAGCAACGUGCCAUUCGCCCAAUAAUCAAAGGUCGUGAUGUAAUUGCACAGGCACAAUCUGGCACGGGUAAAACGGCCACAUUCAGUAUUGGUGUACUGCAAUCAAUCGACAUUCAAACACGUGAAACUCAGGCAUUAAUUCUUAGUCCAACAAGAGAGCUGGCAUUGCAAAUUCAGAAGGUUAUACUUGCUCUUGGUGAAUUCAUGAAUGUUCAAUGUCAUGCCUGCAUUGGUGGACGAACUUUGAGUGAAGAUAUUCGUAAACUAGAUUAUGGCCAACAUGUUGUCGCCGGAACACCAGGUCGUGUGUUCGAUAUGAUUCGACGUCGUAAUCUUCGAACACGAUCCAUCAAAUUAUUGGUAUUGGAUGAAGCUGAUGAAAUGCUGAACAAAGGAUUCAAAGAACAAAUCUAUGAUGUGUAUCGUUUUCUUCCACCAUACACUCAGGUCGUAUUAUUAUCAGCUACAUUGCCACAUGAAAUCCUUGAAAUUACUUCGAAAUUCAUGACCGAUCCGAUUCGUAUUCUGGUUAAACGUGAUGAAUUGACACUGGAAGGUAUAAAACAGUUUUUCGUUGCUGUCGAACAUGAAGAAUGGAAAUUCGAUACAUUAUGCGAUCUAUAUGAUACGUUAACCAUAACACAGGCCGUCAUUUUUUGUAACACUAAACGUAAGGUCGAUUGGUUGACCGAAAAGAUGAAGGAGGCAAAUUUUACUGUUUCAUCAAUGCAUGGCGAUAUGCCGCAAAAAGAACGUGAUUCAAUCAUGAAAGAAUUUCGACAAGGCAAAAGUCGUGUAUUGAUUACCACCGAUGUAUGGGCUCGUGGUAUUGAUGUUCAACAAGUAUCCCUAGUCAUCAAUUAUGAUCUUCCAAAUAAUCGUGAGCUAUAUAUCCAUCGAAUUGGCCGAUCUGGUCGUUUUGGUAGGAAAGGUGUGGCAAUAAAUUUUGUCAAAUCGGAUGAUAUCCGUAUUUUACGAGAUAUUGAACAAUAUUAUUCCACGCAAAUCGAUGAAAUGCCGAUGAAUGUAGCCGAUUUAAUUUGAAAACAAAAAUAAUCCUUUAUCAUAAUCAACAACAACAUUCAUUGUUAUAAUCAUUUAAUUUUCUUUCAUUCUUAAUUGUAUGGUAGUGGAAGCUUUUUUUUGUAAA